AGAGCAAUUUGGAGAGGGUAGAAGAAAGUCUUGCAAGAGCACGAGCAGCAAUUCAUGAAGCUAUCAUCUCACGAAACUACACCUCAGACAAAGAAGAACUCUUCAUUCCCAAAGGCUCUAUUUACAGAAACCCAUAUGAAUUUCAUCAGAGCCAUAUUGAGAUGGUGAAGAGAUUCAAGGUAUGGACAUACAGUGAAGGAGAGCCGCCCCUUGUUCACGAUGGGCCAUUAAACAGCAUUUACUCCACGGAAGGGCAUUUCAUUGAUGAGAUGGAGAGUGGGCUUAGCCCAUUUUCGGCCCAUCACCCAGACGAGGCCCAUAUCUUCUUCCUCCCCUUCAGCAUUGCAAAUGUAAUACGUUUCCUCUACAGACCCCUCGUUUCCUAUUCAAGGGAACCAUUGCAGCGCUUUGUCAUGGACUAUGUUGGCGUUAUAUCAAAGAAAUACCCUUACUGGAACAGAAGCAGUGGGGCCGACCAUUUCAUGGUGUCUUGCCAUGAUUGGGCACCAGACAUUAACGCAGCUGAUCCAAAGCUUUUUCAACAUUUAAUUAGAGUUCUGUGCAAUGCAAACACAUCAGAAGGUUUCCAUCCCAGAAGAGAUGCUUCUCUACCAGAAGCUCACCUUACUUAUGGAGCCCUCGGUAUACCGGCCCAGAGUCGAUCUCCUAACAACCGUACGAUCCUCGCCUUCUUCGCUGGUGGGUCUCAUGGCUACAUAAGAAAAAUACUACUAGAGCAUUGGAAAGAGAAGGAUAAGGAGAUCCAAGUCCAUGAAUACCUCCCUAAGGAUCAAAAUUAUAACAAAUUAAUGGGUCAAAGUAAGUUUUGUUUAUGCCCUAGUGGAUAUGAAGUUGCAAGUCCAAGGAUUGUUGAAGCCAUAUACUCAGGUUGUGUACCUGUUUUAAUCUCUGAUCAUUAUGCUCUACCCUUUAGUGAUGUGCUUAAUUGGAGCAAAUUUACAUUUCAGAUUCCAGUUGAGAAGAUACCUCAGAUUAAGACAAUCUUAAAAGGGAUCUCUCAAGCUAAGUAUUUGAGAUUACAAAAGAAGGUGAUGAGAGUACAAAGACAUUUUGAACUCCAUAGACCCUCUAAGCCUUUUGAUCUCAUACACAUGGUUCUCCAUUCAGUUUGGUUAAGAAGACUUGACCUUAGACUUCCAUCUUGAUC